CCCCUCCACCCCAAAAUUUCCCUCCAGAGCGACGUCCCGCGCUGCCAGAGGUGCUGCCCUUUUGACAAGACCCCAUCAUCUCCGGCAUUCCAUUGGCCCAUCCUGCCGUCUUGGUCAGCACGACAGGCACCCAACAGCAUCCAACCCACCAAAAACAGCCCGGUGGUUUCCCAGGCUACCUCACCACCUCAGGCACUCACUGACAAGCCGCAAGCACUGAGGCCGUCGUUUUUAUUUUAUCUGGCCUGAUCAACGCGACAAAUUCGCAGCUUUCAUCACCACCUUCGUGCAACCACCACCAAAUCGGUAAUCGCGCAACUUCCAUCGUCCAUUCGGCCGCGUCCUUUUUUUUUCCCCUGUUAUACCUUUGGACGACGAUAUCCCACGCUUCGACCUCGACGUCGCCUUUCUCGAUCCCACGUGCCGUUACAGCACUCACAGCGCAGAAGUCUCCGACACGACGCGACGCGAGCGGUAUCAUUUGCAUCCCGUUGAUCACGAUUUGCAUGCAUGGUAGUCGCAUCUUUUUAAUCAAGACUCGGCUUGAUCCGCAGUGGACAGGAUCGCGAUUUGCAUCCGGCCCCAUCGCCGUUACCCGCUCGUCCAACUUCGAAGCUCAAUUUGAUGAUGAAACUCACAUCAAAUUCAUCAUAAGAUAAAAUGGCGUCGAGACUUGACAGAUUGGUCACGAUUCUCGAAACGGGCAGUACCCGUCUCAUUCGUGACACCGCAGUCAACCAACUUGCCGACUGGCAAAAACAGCAUCCCGACGAACUCUUCAACCUUCUUUCCAGAGUCGUCCCUUAUCUUCGGCACAAAGACUGGGAGACACGUUCUACGUCGGCCAAAGCGAUAGGGAAAAUCAUCGAGAAUGCGCCGUUAUACGACCCGAAUGAGGACGAGGACGUUGCGCCAGUCAAGAAGGACGAGCCAGAGGAGAACGGCCACGUGAAGAAGGAAGAAGAAAAGGAGGCGACGUCCUUCUCUUCAGACGAGCUUCUCAAGCUGGAGACGCUGAAUGUAGAGCACAUUGUCAAGUAUGGCCGGCAGCUUCUGAGGGGCGGCAAUAUCGAGUAUGCUUUGGCCUCAUUAGACCCUCCUGCACGCCUUGCCCACCAGAAGAAGACACUCAAUGGACGACUCGGUCUUCUCGGCAGGGUGUUUGAGGACGCCGAGAUGCCCGUCCUCGUCGAGAAGGAUCCCAGCCCGCACACUCCCCAGGACUCGACAAAUGGUCACAACGGAAGCAAAGAGAGCGCCACUCCUCAUGGCCAAAACCAGCCAGCAGAGGAGACGGGCUUGAGCUCAAGACAACUGAAUGUUCUCAAGCGGAAACGGAAGAGAGAGUUGCAAAAGGCGGCGCAGGGAAAGGGUGGAUUCGGAGAUCUUACCGUGAGAAGAACCACAACGGCAGGCUCCGAAGGAUUUGACGAGACGCCGAUGCCGGAUGCAGACUCGAAGCAGAAGAACGGAAAAGUGAACGACUACUUCAACCUGGAUAGGCCGACAGAUGUCGACGAAGAGUCCAAGGUUGUCAGCGAAUUCAAGGGACAGGUGAUACCGAUCAAAUCCGAAAUCGAGGUGGACGAAACCAUGGAGGGCGCCGAAUGGCCGUACGACCGACUCUGCGAUUUCCUCAAGGUCGACCUCUUCGACCCCUCCUGGGAGACUCGGCAUGGAGCUGCGAUGGGCAUUCGCGAGGUUAUCCGUGUCCACGGAGGUGGGGCUGGAAGAAUACGCUCCAAGACCAGGGCGGAAAACGAUCGGUUGAAUCAAGCCUGGCUAGACGACCUGGCCUGCCGACUCUGCUGCGUCCUGAUGCUGGACCGAUUUACCGAUUACAGUUCUGACACGUCCGUCGCCCCGAUUCGUGAAACUAUCGGCCAAUCUCUCGGUUCGGUGCUGCGACACAUCCCUGCCGAAUCCGUCCACGGCAUUUACAGGAUUCUUUAUGGCAUGGUUAUGCAGGAUGAUCUGCACCUCGAGAUGCUUCAGUGGUCGGUCUGUCACGGCGGCAUGGUCGGUCUCAGAUAUGUCGUUGCCGUACGGAAGGACCUGCUCCUUGAGGACAACGAGAUGAUCGACGGGGUUAUUCGCCUAGUCAUGAAGGGGCUGGAAGAACACGACGACGACGUCAGGUCAGUGAGUGCCGCGACACUGCUGCCCAUGGCGAAGGAGUUCGUUACCUUGCGACCCGGAUCCAUCGAUGGCCUUAUCAAUAUCAUGUGGGGAAGUCUUGCCGAUCUGGGAGAUGACCUGAGCGCCAGUACCGGCAAGAUCAUGGACCUCCUUGCAACGCUCUGCAGCUAUCCCGAGGUUCUUCAGGCCAUGGAAACCUCCGCUGCGCAAGACGAAGAGCGCUCUUUCACCUUGCUGGUACCGCGUCUUUAUCCCUUCCUUCGACACACCAUUACCUCUGUUCGCCUAGCCGUCCUGAAGGCUCUCAUGACUUUUGCCAACCUGGGCGCCGAGAACUCGCGAGGAUGGCUCAAUGGAAGGAUUCUGCGCCUCAUUUUCCAGAACAUCCUUGUCGAGCGAGAUAGGGAAACGCUGGCCAUGUCCCUGGACGUCUGGGCGGCCUUGGUUCGCUCCCUUUCCAAGACUCCCGAGGUCUUGGCGGACGAGUUCGCCGCUCAUGUCGAGCCUUUGAUGGUACUUACACUGCACCCAAUCGGUGUGUCACGGCAUCCCUUGCCCAUGCCUGCCCAUCUUUUCCAGAAGCCCUCAGGCGGUACAUACGCGCCAGCCACCGCGACGCCCGCACGAAAGGCGUCUUCCCCCGAGGGUCCCGAAAGAGCGACUAAGCGCCGACGUAAAUCUGCAAAGACGGAUGACGCCCCUGUUACCUCGCAUACCCACGACGUUGAUGGUCACAUGAUUCAAGGAGACGUUGACCUGGUCGGCAUGGAUACUCUGAUCCGAUCGCGCGUUUCAGCAGCCAAGGCAAUGGGCUUGCUCAUGUCCUUCAUCCCGUCCUCGAACCUCUCCGAGUAUGAUCAGCUUCUCUUCGCUGGUCUCUCGGACAGGGCGUCCUCGACGCAGCUCACAGCCUGCAUGGUUAUUGACGAGUAUGCCAAGAAUGGACCGGCAACGGAGGGUGCGCAAAGAUUCGCGGCGCCUCUGCAAAAGAUCAUCGAAACGGAACGUCCUGGUCAUUACAGCGACCUGGUGAGCUACAUGCACAGGGUGCGGUCGCAAUGCCAGCAGCUCCUGAACAUGUUCCGCGACCACGGCAAGGUAUCGAGCGGACGGCUUCCGACUCUUGCCGUCCUUGUCCAGGGCGACGAGCAGGCAGGCCCCGGCGCCUUCUCUAUCGCCGUCGCGGACAAGGUCGUUGGCGAAGAUUUCGACAAGCUGAAGAAGGUCAUGUCGCCAGGACAGCGUUUGGUUGCUAGCCAAAUGCUUGGCGAAGCCAGAGAGGUGACUGUCUCGGCCAUCUCCGACGCCAAGGCGGCCAAGGACUCUCGAGAUGUGCGCAUCAAGGCCGGCGCGGCUUGCGCGCUGGUCGCAAUCAAGGCGUUGCCCAAGAAGCCCAGCCCGCUGAUUAAAGGCAUCAUGGACAGCAUCAAGAUGGAGGAGAACCAGGAGCUUCAAAUCCGAGCAUCGGCCACCAUCGCCAGACUUGUCCAGCUGUUCAACGAGAUGGGCCGCCGUGGACCAGCAGACAAGGUCGUUUCCAACCUGAUCAAGUUCUCUUGCGUCGAGGUCGCUGAGACCCCAGAGUUCCCUGUUCACGCAAGCAAGACGGACUGCGUGCUCUCGAUGCAGAAGGAAGAGGAUCGUGUGGACCACGCAGACGCCGCCAAGUGGGCAAAGGAAGCCAAAGCAGCACGAAUCACCCGCCGUGGCGCCAAGGAGGCCUUGGAGAUACUGGCCCAGACAUAUGGCGCAGAUCUCCUCACUGCGGUACCCACGAUCAGAGUCUUUAUGGAGGACCCUCUCGUUAAGGCGUUCUCCGGCCCCCUACCGGCAGAGGCAAAGGACCCUGAGAGCACAUUCGGACAAGAAAUAGUCGACGCCUUGUCCCUCAUCCGGACGCUCAUGCCAACUCUCGACAAGGCCAUACAUCCGUUCAUCAUGGAGAAGGUGCCCUUGAUUAUCAAGGCCUUGCAUUCCGAGUUGUCCGUCUUCCGUUACAUGGCCGCCAAGUGUAUAGCCACCAUUUGCAGCGUCAUCACAGUCGAGGGCAUGACGGCGCUAGUUGAGAACGUGUUGCCGUCCAUUAGCAACCCUGUUGAUCUCAACUUCCGCCAAGGUGCCAUCGAGGCCAUCUACCACUUGAUUGCAGUCAUGGGCGAUUCCAUACUUCCUUACGUCAUCUUCCUCAUCGUUCCCGUUCUGGGCCGCAUGAGCGACUCCGAUAACGAGAUUCGUCUUAUUGCGACAACCUCCUUCGCCACUCUCGUCAAGCUCGUGCCCCUUGAGGCUGGCAUUCCCGACCCCCCAGGUCUGUCUGAGGAGUUGCUCAAGGGCAGAGAUCGCGAAAGAACCUUCAUUUCGCAGCUCUUGGACCCGAAGAAGGUGGAAUCGUUCCAGAUCCCGGUUGCCAUCAAGGCAGAACUUCGCUCAUACCAGCAAGAAGGUGUCAACUGGCUACACUUCCUCAACAAAUAUCACUUGCACGGAAUUCUUUGCGACGACAUGGGUCUUGGCAAGACUUUGCAAACCAUUUGCAUGGUUGCUAGCGACCAUCAUCAGCGUGCGGAAGAGUUCGAAAAGACAGGGGCGCCCGAUGUCCGACGUCUCCCAUCCCUGGUUGUUUGUCCUCCUACGCUGUCCGGCCACUGGCAGCAGGAAAUCAAGACUUACGCUCCCUUCCUCAGCGUGACCGCUUACGUCGGCCCGCCUGCGGAGAGAAAAUCUAUGAAGGACAGCCUGGACAAGACCGAUAUCGUCGUUACCAGCUAUGAUGUCUGCCGAAAUGACGCGGACGUGCUCGCCAAGUACAACUGGAACUAUGUCAUUCUAGACGAGGGGCACUUGAUCAAGAACCCCAAGGCAAAGAUCACGAUUGCUGUCAAGAAACUGGCAAGUAACCACCGGUUAAUCUUGACUGGCACGCCCAUCCAGAAUAACGUUUUGGAACUCUGGUCUCUCUUCGACUUUUUGAUGCCUGGUUUCCUUGGUGCCGAAAAGGUUUUCCUGGAUAGAUUCGCCAAGCCCAUCGCCGCAAGUCGCUUCAGCAAGGCGUCUUCAAAGGAACAAGAAGCUGGCGCUCUGGCUAUUGAAGCACUCCACAAGCAGGUUCUCCCUUUCCUGCUGAGACGUCUCAAGGAGGAGGUGCUCGAUGACCUGCCACCCAAGAUAUUGCAGAACUACUAUUGCGAUUUGAGCGAUCUCCAGAAGAAGCUAUUCGACGACUUCACUCGGAAGCAAGGCAAGAAGCUGCAAGAAGAGGCCGGUCGCGAAGACAAGGACGCCAAAUCACACAUCUUCCAGGCCCUGCAGUAUAUGCGGAAGCUCUGCAAUUCCCCCGCCAUGGUCAUGAAGCCUGGUCACGGCAUGUACGACGAAACGCAACGCAUCCUCAGCAAGCAGGGAACCAGCCUCGAGGAUCCCGUUCACGCGCCCAAGCUGACCGCUCUGAGAGACCUGCUCGUCGACUGCGGCAUUGGCGUGGAAGAGGCCGAGUCAAACGACCCGCUGUACCAGCCGAUCAAGCCGCAUCGCGCUCUUGUCUUCUGUCAAAUGAAGGAGAUGCUGGACAUGGUUCAGAACACGGUUCUGAAGAGCAUGCUGCCAGGCGUCACUUAUCUUCGUCUGGACGGUGGGGUUGAAGCCAACAAGAGACAAGACAUUGUCAACAAGUUCAACAGCGAUCCAUCAUACGAUGUGUUACUCUUGACCACAAGCGUAGGAGGUCUGGGUCUCAACCUGACGGGUGCCGACACGGUCAUCUUCGUCGAACAUGACUGGAACCCCCAGAAGGAUAUGCAGGCCAUGGACCGAGCUCACCGAAUCGGCCAAAAGAAGGUUGUCAACGUAUAUCGCUUGGUUACCAGAGGCACGUUGGAGGAGAAGAUUCUCAGUCUACAGCGCUUCAAGAUCGACGUUGCCUCAACAGUCGUCAAUCAGCAAAACGCCGGCUUGGCCACAAUGGACACAGAUCAGAUUCUAGACCUCUUCAAUCUGGGAGACACAGGACCCAGUCUCAUAUCGGACAAGCCGCAGAACGCAAUGGAGGGAAGAGAGGAAGACAUGGUGGACAUUGAAACGGGCGACGUUGUUACUAGCAAGCAGCCUGGCAAGAAGGCAUGGCUUGACGACUUGGGUGAUCUCUGGGACAACCGCCAGUACGAAGAGAGUUUCGACCUGGAUGGUUUCUUGAAGACGAUGCAGUAAUAAGCCAAUCCGCCAGUUUAACGAACUAGAAGGAGGCUCUUGGGAAGGCAUGCGCACGGAGUUCGGACUGGCAUCUGGUUUAGAUGGGAGAGUCUUGGAUGCUCUCUUGAAAUACGGAGGGGUUUCCCCCCUCCUGUUUAUUUCCGCGUAGCAGUGUACUUAUUACGAACUGUGUGUGUGAAUGUGUAUAACAUGAUCUUAGCUCAAAGGACCAGGAGACAAGAAUUAUGGUGAAGCAAGCAGCUGAGCGUUUAGAGCAUCUAU